AUGACCUCCGCGGGGUCUCGCGUGCCCGAGCUGGCCGCGAAGCUCUACGAUGCGUGCCUGACCCAUUUCGAGGCCGACCGCAUGUUCUUCCAGGAGGAUCUGCUCAGCCUAGGUGUGAUCCCGACGAACGACCUGGCGCUGCUGGUGCAAUGCGCCCAAUCGCUGGUGGAUCAGAAAUUGAUGCGCCUGCUGCAAACCAAGACUGAGCGUCUGGCAUGGAAGAUUAUUCCCCGGGAAGAUGCGGAGAAACUCCAAAACCUCAACCCCGACGAAAGUUUGGUCUAUAAUGUCAUCCACUCCAACGGCCGGUCUGGCGUCUGGGUUCGAGCCAUCCAGUCCCGUACCGGUCUGCACAAGUCCAUCCUAGACCGCUGUGUGAAAUCUCUCGAAGGGAAAAACUACAUCAAGAGCGUUCACAAUGUCAAAUACCCCAGCCGGAAGAUGUACAUGCUGGCCGGCCUGGCCCCCAGCGAGGAUGUUACCGGUGGCGCAUGGUUCACCGACGGAGUCAUGGACGUUGACUUCAUCAACAGUGUCGCGGGAUACAUUGAAUACACCGUGAGCCGCAAGAGCUGGUUCGAAGUGCCGAGCUCAGAGCAAGGCCGCAACAAGCGCCUCAAGACCGCCACAGGAAAAUCAGACAUCAAGGAGGAAAAGCAGUACCUCCCCUUCGCAGCCAGAUACGAAGGUUACCCAACCGUGGAGAUGAUCACAUCCGCCGUCAACGAGAGCGGGAUCACACCCGUAACACUCCGCGAAGAGAGCAUCGUACAAUUGCUCGAAAUGCUAUGUUACGACAAAAAGCUCGUCGCCCUGAACAACGGCCAAUACUACAAAGCCAUCAAAAACCCCGACGCCGUCAAGGCCAGCCAGGCCCGCAAACCCGCUGCCGUGAAUGACAUGGCAGACGCCGAGGCCACGAAACACCUCCCAAAAAACGGUAUGACCGAAGCCCCCUGCGGCCAGUGCCCGGUUUUCAAGCUUUGUUCCCCUGGGGGUGCCGUGAGUCCAGAGACAUGCGAAUAUUUCGACCCCUGGCUGUCAAGUAGUCUUGGGUUUUGA